AUUUGGUAUAAAUAGUGGAAUCCAUUCCUGUAAACAACAAGAGUUCCAAGGACAGACUGGAAACUUAAGGAUACACAGAUUGUCCAGGACCAUAGUCUGACCCCUUUGACUUCUGGAGCUCCAGCCUGCUGGUCUAGCUUCAGAAAAUGGACCUCAGAGUAACAAGCAUUCUUCUUCUCCUUGUGGUAUUGGCUAAGGCAACCCCUGAGAGAUAUUAUCAUGUGAAGAAACAGCCCUAUCCUACAAAAUCUCAUGCUGUUGCUGGUACCCCUGGUUCCCCAGGUGAACCUGGGGCCCCUGGCCCACCUGGCUCACCUGGCCCACCAGGCAUUCCUGGAAAAAAUGGUGUUGGACACACCGGACCUAUGGGCCCACCUGGACCACCAGGUCCAGCAGGCUACUCCUCACCUGGUAAACCUGGCAGCCCAGGUUCACCUGGAAAACCAGGUGCACCUGGAAUUCCAGGUGAGAAGGGACAUCCUGGGCCUGCAGGACCCCAAGGUGCACGAGGAGCACCAGGAUCACCUGGAAUCCCAGGACCAGCUGGCAUUUCUUCUCCUGGAAAACCUGGAGCACACGGUCCUCCAGGGUCAAUGGGCCCACGUGGAGAACCUGGCCUAAAGGGGCAACCCGGAAUUCCUGGGCUGCCAGGUCAGAAAGGAGAACCUGGCCAUGGUAUUCCAGGAGGACCUGGAAGCCCAGGUCCAAUGGGCCCUCAGGGGCCUUCCGGUCAGCCUGGUCAGCCUGGAAUUGGAAAGUCUGGACCAGUUGGAUUUCCUGGAGAGCCUGGAAAGCCAGGAAUGCCAGGUAGGGAUGGGUCACCAGGUCCUAUGGGGAUUCCAGGCCCAAAGGGUCACACAGGGGCACCUGGAAUAGGAGCACCAGGAAAACCAGGAGCAAAUGGCGCUGUAGGUAUGCCUGGACCAAUGGGACAAAAAGGUCCUCAAGGACCAGCAGGUCAACCAGGAGCUCCUGGUCUUCCAGGUACUGGCAAACCUGGAUCAAAUGGACUUCCAGGAGACAGAGGAGUACCAGGAACCCCAGGUACCACAGGCCAAAAGGGAGAGCCAGGGCCAACAGGUCAUGCAGGUCAGCCAGGUCCUGUUGGGCCAAUAGGUUCACCUGGCCCUCAGGGUUCUAGGGGAUUCCAAGGAGAACCAGGUGCACAGGGAGCUAAAGGUGAUAUUGGUAUGGUUGGGGCACCAGGGCCGAGAGGUGCUAAAGGUGAGCAAGGUGCACAAGGCUUCACAGGAAAACCCGGUAUUCCAGGUGCAGCAGGUCCCCCAGGCCCAAUGGGUCAUAUGGGACAUCAGGGUUCCAAGGGAGAACCAGGAUUUACUGGUGCUCCAGGUAUCCCAGGUAGCAAGGGACCACCAGGAGAUAAGGGACAUCCAGGUCUUCAAGGGCAACCAGGUGGCAGGGGUGAAAAUGGUAUCCCUGGAGCAAGAGGACCAGUCGGCCCAGUUGGACCAGCUGGUCCACCUGGGCUGAAGGGCCAUCCAGGACUCCCCGGGCCCCCUGGUCCAGCAGGGUUCACGGCUAAAGGGAUUGCUGGACCACAAGGUCCUCCUGGGAAUCCCGGUUCCAGAGGUCAUGAUGGUCUCCCAGGUCUACCAGGACCUCCUGGGCCCCCCGGCCCCCCAGGCGAGUUUGUUUACCACCACGAGAAAAGCAUGCCAAUUAAAUCCCAUGAGAUGGUAAUGCCUGUUAGUCACGAGAUGAUGAAGGCACCUAUGUCAGCAUUUACAGCUCUUCUUACCACAGCUUAUCCUAAUGCUGGAACACCAAUUGUAUUUAACCAGAUUGUGUACAAUGGAGAGAACCACUAUGAUCCUAACACUGGUGUGUUCACCUGUCAGUUUCCAGGACUUUACUACUUUUCUUUCCAUAUGCAUGUCAAUGGAGCAAAUGCUUUGGUAGCACUUUAUAAAAAUAGAGAGCCAGUCUUGUUCUCUUAUGAUGAGUACAACAAAGGUUUCCUUGAUCAGAUGUCUGGCAGUACUGUGCUUAUGCUGCAUACCGAUGACACGGUGUACAUCCAGGCUCCAGAUGACCAGUCCAAUGGCAUUUAUGCUGAUGAAAAUGUUCACUGUUCUUUCUCUGGGUUCUUGAUUGCCUCAACGUGAUAAACACGCUCAAGAAAACCUCAAAUUUUCUAAUUAAACAAUUGUCCUAAAUUUUCCCAUUGCCAUAAGUGAAAGUCAAAGAAAAUAUAAAAGGAUGACUGAUUUAGAAAUAUAUUUUCUGUAGCUUGAAUUAACUUCUUGUACAUCUACUUAAGCCCUAUUUGUAUGGAAAUAUUUUUGAAAUCUCAAUUGUUAUUGAAAUAACGACAUUAAAAAUGAUUCAAGAAAUUAGACAAAGGACCUAUUGCAUCUGCCUAAUAAACUGAACUGGUGCUGAUGUACUGAAACGGUGUUCUGUGUUUGCCUUUUUUGGUGCUCAUGUUUCAGCAUAAGGUUCCUGUGUUUUUGUGUUUGGAAGACCUGGUCUCUUAGCACAAAAUGGCCUCUUUAAGACACAUUCAGCGAGCCAGGCUAUUUAAAAAUGUAUGUAUAAAUGGAUUAAAAAGUGAAUCAUAUUUUUUUUCAUUUAACUCUUUAAUAUCUCACAAGGUGUUUAAUUGUAUGUGCAUUAUAAUACCCAAAACAAAUAAAGUUUCCGUGCCAGUGUU